GGGAAUCACUUUGAGGGGUUUAUAUUCUCCAGGGCCUAAAACUAUGACAAAGAACUGCAAAGAGUGAUAAGUAAGCAUGCUACAUGCGCAGAUGCAGUCUCACUGAAGGGUCACAGAAAAAAGCUGGAGGAUCUGGAGGAGAGCUGUACUGCACAUGCGCAGCAGCAGGACAGUUUCCAUAGCGCCGCUCCGACCUGCUGAGUUGAUUCUUCAACUUCUGAUUGUCGUCCUUCGGGGACACAAAUCCAAGGACGGAGGAGCGAGUUAUCCACGACCAUUGUGCGCUUUUUAACUGUUUCAUGUGAAUUGUACUUAUUGGAUCACCUGCUGAUAAACUAUAAUCAUGGAAAUCACCGUCUGUAUUUGAACAAGAGCAUUUUGUUGUCAUCUUGUGGUCUUUCAACGGUACAAAAGUAAAAUGAACUGCUUCAGUCAAAGGCUGAGACGCACAUCUCCCAUGCGCGUUGGCAGCAGCAGCAGAAAUGAGCUGGUCCCCUCCAAGCCUCCCAGGAUGAACGGCUGGUCAUGGCCCCCUCAGGCUUUCCAAGUGGUUGGCUGGCUGGUGUACAGCUACCUCGCCAUAGUCAGCUUUGGCAUCUAUAUCCCUCUUCUGCCUCUGCCGUGGAACCAUGUGGUCUACGCUCUGACAGGCAUAGCUUUUAUUGUAAAUUUGUUCACCCAUAUUGCUGCUGCGACUAUAGACCCAGCAGAUGUCAGUGUGAGGGCCAAACGGAGCUAUUCCAGUCCGAUGCCGCUUUUUGACGGGACGAAGCAAUCACAUGUCAUCCAGGACCUACACUGUUAUCUAUGUGACAUCAAGGUUGGCCCCAAAGUGAAACACUGUGGUGUUUGCAACAAGUGUGUGGGAGACUUUGAUCACCAUUGCAAAUGGCUGAACACCUGUGUGGGUGGCAGAAACUACUGGUGGUUCUUUGUGGCACUGUCCUCUGCUACACUUGGUGUCCUCCUGCUCGUUGUUGUCAUCUUGUUCAUAUUUAUCCAGUAUUACCUGGAUCCAAACAGCCUACGGACUUCCCCGCAUUUUCACGGCAUGCUGGGCAAUGGUACCUGGCUGGUGUUUUUACCCUUAGCACCUAUAGAGACUAGUUCAGCUAGUCUCCUUAUAUUAGCCUUCAUAACAGCUUUGCUGAGCAUCACCUGCCUGCUGCUGCUCAGUCAUCUGCUGGGCUUCCACUUUUACCUCUUUUAUAAAGGCAUGAGUACAUAUGAUUAUGUGAAGCGGCAACGCCAGAAAGGAGCCAGAAACACUGAAGCACGAAAUGCAAAAGACGCGAAAAUCAAUAACAAGGCCCCGCAGAAUCAAGAGAGCUCAAAUGACUGUGAGCCAGCAUUAUCACAGAGUUCAGGUACCUGCAAAUUUGACGAUAAAGGCCCACUCACAAGCCGACUUUCAGAGUCCAUAUGCACUGAGUUGGAAAACUUUAAGAAAUCAGCAGAUAAAGUGAAUAGUUUCCAUUAUGGCACAGAGAAUCCCACAGAGAACACAGAAACAAGGGAAAUGAGCGACGUCAAUAGCUGGAAACCUGACAGUGAAGAGGCUCAGAGCGCCGGUGUGAAGUCUGUUCAACGUGUUCCUGGAGUGCAGGACCCUCUGGGCAGCUCAGUUAUGACUCCAGACGAUACCUAGCAGUAACUGAUGUCUGCAUGACGGUGCAUCAGGAUAUGCUGCUCUGAGGAAUUAUGAAUUUAUUAUGAAGAUAUACAUCAUGAAACUGAGCCACACAACCAUGGAGGAUUGUUGAUAAGUACAGAGGACGUAUUGGACUUGACACCACAGUUUGAUCUGUUAUUUUAGAACCGUUAUUUCAUCCAGUGAAUAUUUUGUAUGCAGUCUGAAUAACUGUUUUGUUCCUUCUUUAUCUACACUAUGUGUUUUUAUGACAACGGUUGAAUUAUUUAAAGCAUUGUUUUAUCUCACUGACGUGUAAGAGAGCCAAAGUCCAACCCCACUUCCAGGUUAGCCUCUGUUCCACUAACCUGAUAUGGACCGAUUGAUGAAUGUAUUUUGGCUUUUCUUCCUGAAAGGGUGAAACAUGAUACUGGUGAUUACUGUUCAUAUUCUAAGCCAAAUGGGUAUCAAGUAAUGUACUGACUGUAACUUUUAGCGUGUUGCCAUUUUAUCCGAUGGCCAAAGAGAGCCUUUUAUGGCAAAAUUCAUUGUCUAACUGUAAGUAGUGGAGUAUAUACCGGGCUGAAAAGAGGAUAUACAGCUGUUUUAUUAACUGUUGAUUUCACAAAGCUGGCAGUGUUCAGUGACUGUUUUAGCUAGAUUUGAUAGUAAAGACUAUAGAUUUACAUUUUC